AUGGUUCUGAAUAUUUGUCAGCUUGUUGGAGCACCUGUCCUUAGAGCAAAGGACUAUCUCCUUCAUGGCAUUUGGACCAAUGUUUACAAAAGCAGCUUGAGUGAAUCAUAUGCAUAUGCAACACCUUCCCUUAAUGAUAGCCUUCCAACUUUUGAUAGAACUUCUGAGCAGUUACAUGUUAAAUGUAAAUCAUUUAUAUGCUCAGUUUGUCACAAAACAUUCAGGCACAAGUGCAACUUGACUGCACACAUGAGACUACAUACUGGAAGUGCUUACAUAGCCUCCGAAAAAGAUGACAAGCAAUUCAUAUGUGGUGUUUGCACAUUCAAAACCAAUAAUCUUGUGGACUGGAAAUCUCAUGAGUUAUCUUAUGGCCAUAGACAAACAUUUGCUUGUCCCAUUUGUGAGAAAAAAUUUACUCAGAAAUGUAAUAUGAAAGCUCAUAUCAGAUUGCAUACUGGAGAAAAACCAUACAAAUGCAAACUGUGUUUUCAAACAUUCACUUAUCAGUCUGCUCUUAGAGGUCACAUGAUGGCACGUCAUAAAAUUUCUGUGAAUUACUCUCAAACUGAAAUGCAAACAAUAAAUUAG